CUGAGUGUGCGCCCUGGGCGCAGAGAGCCGCGCUGGCCCCGGACCCCCUGCGCGGGCAGCAGCCGCCGGGGCUCGGCCGGCCGAGGGACGGGGCUUCCCCUCGGGAGCCGGAGCAGCGCUCCCUGUGCCCCGUGGUCCCCGGUCCCGGGGGCACCGCCGCGCCGGGGCAUCCCGCCGUGACCCCGGCCGGGGGAGGCACGGUGGGGCCCCGAGCCUGCCGGGCUGUGUAAUUGGAAAAAAAAAAAAAAAAAAAAAAAAGGGGGGGGGGGGCGGGUGGCGGGAGGAAAACCCCCUUCUUGCAAAAAUGCAGAUCGCUCUCUUCUUGUCCUGGUGCUGUUGCCUGCAUGGAUGGGCGCUAGGGACUGGCUUCCUCUAUCAAUUCCCAGCAUCAACCCUGCAGCACAACUACCCAGAGCAGAGCUCGGGCUCGCCGGGCAGCGGCUUCGCCAGUCGCCGGCAUUGGUGUCACUAUACGGUUACACGGACGGUUUCCUGCCAAGUGCAGAAUGGGUCAGAAACAGUGAUCCAGCGAGUUUACCAGAGCUGCCGGUGGCCAGGACCAUGUGCCAACUUAGUGAGUUACAGGACUCUCAUCAGGCCCACGUACAAAAUGUCUUACCGAACUGUGACCACACUGGAGUGGAGGUGCUGUCCUGGCUUCACAGGGAGCAACUGUGAAGAGGGUUCAUCUGGCCACCAGCACGGUUACUUUUCCAACCAGGACCAAUGCAUGAACUGCACAAGACUAGCAGAUAUGACCGAGAGGCUAAACACGCUUGAGGCCAAGAUCCUUCUGCUGGAGGCUGCAGAGCGAAGCCCACCGUUGGAAAACAACCUGCCGAUCACUGGGACGACGGCCACGUGGUACGACGAUUUGCUACCAGAUGCCUUUCCCCUGCUGAAUCCCGGGACUGUCCUCAGAAAAACAGUGGGAUCUGUUGAGCCUAAAGGACACAGAGGUACAGAGGAGCAGCUAAUACCACAGGGGCUGCCAGGACAGGUUGGUCCUCCAGGCCCAGUUGGACCAACUGGUCUUCCAGGCCCACCAGGACCUAAAGGAGAGAAGGGACAACCUGGUGAGAGGGGCCCGGCGGGGCCACCAGGGCUGUUGGGACCUCAAGGACCGAGAGGACUUCCAGGAGAAACCGGGAUCCCAGGUCCCCCAGGUCCUCCAGGGCCACCAGCCACCCCAAGCCUCCCUCUUACCUUCCAACAAGGGGUCCUCUACUCACUCCAGCCCACAGCUGAAAAAGAAAAUGGAGAACCCCAGCUGGCCUCCACCGUCAUAGACACCAUCAUGGCUGGCCUGCCAGGACCACGGGGAGCCCCGGGCCCCAUUGGGCCACCAGGGCCACCAGGUGCAUCAGGACCCAAAGGGCCACCAGGACCCAUCGGAGUCCCUGGAUCACAAGGCUUACCAGGCUCUCCAGGACAACCCGGGCCAAAAGGCUCCAAAGGAGACCGAGGAGAGAGAGGGCAAGCAGGUCUGACUGGAGAGAGGGGCAUUAAGGGAUUUCCUGGUGAACCAGGCAAGAAGGGUGAGGAAGGUGACAAAGGUGCUGAUGGAGAAGGUGUUCAACAACUUAGAGAAGCUCUGAAGAUUUUAGCUGAGAGGGUAUUAAUUCUUGAGCACAUGAUAGGAAUUCAUGACUCUUUAUCUUCCAUUGAGCCAGGCUCUGGACAAGAUGUGAUCCCGGGCUCCCCCCUGCGAACCAGCAUCAAGAUCAAACGUGGAGGACCCCAGCAGCCACAGGCCUACCAGAUCCUCUCUUCACUGCUGGAUGACAGUGAAGCCAAAAGGAGAAGCAGUCGGAUGAAGUAGGAGCGUCUGUGUGUUCUCCAUGCCUUUCACCAGUUAAAGAUACAGUAUCCCAGUGCUUAAUUGCAGAGUGCAAAUGAAGUGGGAAGGAGGCUGCAGUGUUGGCAAUUGGGUUUCCUUACGUGGCCAAUACUAUGCCCUUAUUGCAGGGAUUGUCUUAUCCAUAGCUCAGAGAGGGUCUUACGAACGCUUUUCUUGAUUUUGUUGUUUUGCCUUUGGAAUACCAGGUGGCAGGUAUCCUCAGAAGCUGUCUACAGAAAUGACACCUCCUGACUGUCUCACAAGAGUUUAAUCCUCCCCUUGUUUCCUCACUGCCCUUGAAAGUUACUCAGUUAAAGCACUGCUUCUAGCUGAGACGGUCAGUCCCAUCUAGACUCAAAGUCAAGCCUUAGCCUUGUCCAUUGAUAUAGAUGAUGGCAUCUGCUUUUAUCUCAUGUGGUGGUGUCAUGCUGACUUCCAGGAGAAAAUACCACUUUCAUAGGCCAUUAAAGCAUUUUCAUCUGCAAGGAUUUCUUUUAAGCAAAGAGCAAAUUGGAAAAUUCAAAGAACAUUUAAAACUGUUACUCUGACAAUUCAGGUUACGCUUUGGAAAUGAGCAUCAAAAUCUUGUGUUUUCAUGUUGCUAAUUGCAUGUGAGUGGCAUUAUUUCUAUUCAUGGUUGGCUAAGCAAGGACUUUUGAUGCAAAUAUUCAUGGCAACAUUGACUUUUUAUCUAUAUUCAGUGAGAUUAGACUGCUUCUAUGAAAAUAUAGAGCAGUUUGUAUGAGAUAUGAUGCAGUUGUGCAAGAAUUUUCCUAUAUUGCAUCCAGUUUGUGCAUACAUCCAGAAAUAAAUAAUUUAAGUAGUAGCAAUAACUAUUCAUAUAAAAGGAUAUUUUUCAAUAGUUUCUUAAUCACACAUCUAUAAGGAAGAAUGUUUUCACAUUGUUUUGUUUUUAUCUUGUGAGUAAAUCCUUGCCAUUUGAAUCUGGAGAUGGUGUAGUAGCAAACCACGACCUAGGGAAUUAGAGUCUUGUCAGGAGCUUAUCUUGCACUGGGAAUUAAAUACAAAGUCAUUUUAAUUUUUGCAAUAAAUUGUCAUUUGCGGGGAAGUCCCAGCUCCAGGGUUAAGAAGUUGAACCUGCACUUCAGUGACAAAUGAGUCACUACAGCUGCUGUGCAAAUCAAAUGGGACAAGUUGAUGUCAUUCAUGUAGACAGUGAUUUUUGUUAGAAAGGGUGAGACUAAUCAACAGAACCAAUAGUAAUUUUUUUUUUUUUUUUAAUUCCCUUCUCCCCCCUGUUCCUGAGCAUUUUCAAAUUCAGCCUAGGACAAAAGUGAGUAAUUUGAGUUUGUGUUUGUCAUUUUAUGGCCUAAGUUACAUAACUUGGUCACAUUCUAUCUGUUUCCUAGUGCAAGAUACAGCUAUCUGAAAAAGGUAAACUGUCCUGCUACAAAAUUUCUGUCAAAAGCUGUUUCAAAGACCAGCAGUUGUGUGGUCCAUGUAUUCAACAACCCUUGUCACCUGAAGUGAUAUUCCCAAGGCAAAACCAGAACCACGUAGUACACUGGAAAUGAGGCUUAAGAAGAAGGAGCUCUGCCAGCCCAACAAUAUCCACACAUUAAAUUAACUUUCCAUAUACAUUGUAAACAUGGUAGACCUAAAGAGACAUCAGAACAUUCAAAUCUUUCCUCUGAAGAGCAUUAUAUUUUCAGAAAUGAACAGGUUACAGGCUACUUCAGGAUGACUGAGUUCACUAUACGUCUUCAUUUGACCCUGUUCUUUAGGGAUCCAACCAUCCCUCUCAAAACAGGUGAAAUGGUAUAAGUUGAUGCUGAGCAAGCACCAGAGAAACUUGCCCUCAUACAGAAGCUUUUUACUGCUGUACAGCUAAAUAAUGAACAGCCUUGAUUUAAGCUGGCUUGGAGGCCACAGUAGAUGUAUUUACUUGCCCUGCUUUGAAUCCUCACGCCACUUGGCUAAUGCCAGUGGUGGAGCUCAUGUAGCAGUCAGCCCACAUAGUUCAUGUUGUACUUCUGUAUGCUCAAGUUUUCCUUUGGACAUUUCAAACAAACAAGUCCAAAGUGUUACAAACAUCUGGGGAGCUGAGGCCAAGGUACAAUCAGGUGUUCACUUUCCCCAAGACUCCAACAAGGGAAGUGAGCACAGAGUUUUGCCAAGAGCUGGUGCUUCAGGCUCCAGCAUUACUUUGCCUGCCAGUACUCUGAAUUACAGCUGGAGUGUGAUAUAGAAGGAAGACAAGAAAAAAACAAGUAAAACUGCCCAAGUCAAGCAGGUUACUGACUUCAAGCAGCCAUCCUGUAUUCAUAAUCCUUUUGGGAGAAUGAAAUAAAGUCUCCUUAAGUGUAUCUUAGUUUCAAAUCCAGCACCAGCUUUAAACCAAGUGCUAACUCUAAUGACCGUAUGUGUAUAAAUGACCCUGGAUUAAACCAGUGUCUUAAAGAAGGCUGGCAACCAGCUCCCAGCCUAAAACGAGUCACAAAGACAGACAGCUCAACUUCCCAUCGUGUGGCCAAUGACUGAAGUCCCGAGCAGCAGCCCCUGGCCCUCCAUUCACUACCAUGAGGGCAAUAGCUCUGUUGAUGGGCAGCUAAGUGUGGUGCAGCCACUGAUACAUUCUUGGCAUAAUCUUUUCAUUUAAGAAUUAAACAUGCAAAAAAAAAAAAGAUGUUUCCCCACUUACAGGCUGAUUACCAUGUAGGAAUUGAGAAGUACUUGAUUACCUCUUUGUUGAAUUGAGCCCAUCUUGGUCCUGAUCACAUGGACAUUACAAGACAUAGCCAGUGGCUUCCAGGAGAGAACCCCUUACGCCAACCAGGAGGUGUUGGAAAAUCAGGCCCCGAAGACUGAGGAGAAAUCCCAGUUCAGUCUAAACAUGUACACUGGGCAGGCUGGUGCUAGCUGUAGGUGCUUGCCACGUUAAGAAAGUUUCCUCAUGGCAGUUUCAGGAACUAAACUAAACCAAAGCAAUCUUUAAAAGGGGAAACAGCAAAAUUUGGUUUCAUUGGACCUGUAGCUACAGGGUUGAAUUUGGGGAAGAGAGAGUACAAUGAGGCCAUUUUCACGUCCCUGACGUUUUGGAGCCUUCACACUGAAUUGAAAGAGAGAUUUUUCUCCCUCUACAUUUGUCUUCCUGAAUUCAAAGCUACUGCAUGAGUUUGAUGACUGCUCUCUUCAAGUAUUGACUAGGAUUUUGGAUUUUCAAUUACUUAAAACAAAUUACUGGCACAAUGAAAGGAAAUUUAAUGGAAGUUGUUUGCAAUGAAUCCUGCCAAGUCAAUUGUCAGAAGACUGGUUAGGUUUGGGUUGCAACCAUUUUAAUUAUUGAGUUUUCCAGACUUCUGUAUGAGCUAUGUAUUUUUUUUCUCCCCACACUUCUUGCUUUAUUUAGCUAAAUAUCUCUUUUAUGCGGUACUGUAUCUUUAAUUUGGGUGACAGUAGGGUUAUACCAAAUGGACUUUCUCUCUAAGCUGGGAUUUCAUUCCUCUCUACUUACACAAGGGUUGGACCACACUGUUGUGCAGUCCCAGUUUAAUUAUGUUUUAAAGGUGAACAUAGCCUCACACGCUGACAUUAAUGAUAAUCAUGACUAAGCAAACCACUCCAACCACAUUUUCCAUCUUAGGCAGGAUACUAAGGUUCAUUUUAGCCAGGGCAUAUAAUGCAUCUUGCCAUGUCUAUGUAAUUUAGAGUGGAUUUAUUUUGAAUGUGUGCUCAUUUAGAAAUAGAUUUUAACUGAAAUGUUUAGUGCUUUAUCUUACAUGCAUACUGUGCAAUACCAUAGUGUGUUCUUUUCUUUUUUUCUUUUUUCCUAAGACUUUUUUGAAAUUCCUAAUGUUUCUUUGAGCUCCAAUGUGUUUUUGACUUGGAUCGGUUCUGGUAGUAGUAACGCAUUUUCCUUGCCUUGAGCUAAAUAGAAGCAGCAGCAGCACAUUGCACAACCAGAGAUCUUUUCAAUUCGUGCACCCUGAUGUUCACCAGCAAUCUGGUACUCUGGGGAGGCGGAGAAUGCUUCUCUCCAGAGUAUCUAAUUUGCACUUACUGUAAAGAACUGAUAGCAACCCAGGGAAAUAGGAGUAAACUAAAGAGAAGAGCCCUCACCUGUUCCCACCAAACUCCACAGUAAUUUUGCCAUCAACUUUCAAAGGAACAGGCCAUAAAAUCCAGAUCCAGACCUUCAGCUAGCACAGACUGGUGCUGCUUCCAGUGGAGCAGAGCAAAUGGCUCACAAGUGGCUUUCUGAGAGUUUGGCUCUGGGAUUGAGGUUCACUCCCAGUCUCUGCAAUUAACUAUAUUAAUGUAGGAACCUGACCACUGUGACAAAGGCUUCUAAAAGACAAUCAGCUUCUGGAAUUAUUUCUCGAUACAAUUUAUUGGAAAUCCAUUCUCCUGAACGUUUACAGCUUCUGUCUUAUUCAAGAUUACAUUCCAUUCUGGUGUUUGGUGAUAUAGGGGUUUAAACUACUCACAGUUUCUGUGAUUGCAUUGAAACCAAGCAAUUCAAAGGUGCUAUAAUUGUUCACAAGGCACAUUCCCAUCCAUAGAAGGGAUUGUUAACUUUUUCACUAGUUAUUUUACACAGUAUUUUUUUAUUUAUAUUAGUGUGUUUCAUAUGUGUGCAAAUGGUCCUGGCUUCUCUCAUUGUAAUAAGCUUUACAACCAUUCGGCCUUUUACGGGGCAGCCACAUGCAAUAUCUUGCAAUCGUGUAAUUUCUUAACUUAGAGCAAGAAUAAAUCUCAUCUGACACAAUGAACUCAUUUAUGGCAGGCUCUAAUGUUUGAUGUAAACACAACCUGUUUGUUCCACUGCUUGCAUGGUUACUUAUCUGUUUUCAUAUUGCUAUGUUAUUGUUCAAAAUAUCUAUUUCUCUUUAUUUGCUAUGGGUUUUGUUACUGUAUAUGGAAUGUUUUGUAUUCAGCAUUUUCUUACAGAGCAGAGUGGGAACAGUAUUCAAGAACCCACAAAUACCAAAGACCUUUCAUGUAAUGCACUGAGAAAUAAACAUACUGUAAAUGAA